AUGGCUUCAGAAAACCACUAUCAAGUCAUUGUCAGUACAGACGAGGAUAAGGUGGCGGCUGAAAAGCGUCGCACCGUUUACAUUCGCCCAUUCUUCCUCUUUUGGCUCAACUCUUUCAUUUUUGAGGUGUUGAUGCUCCUUGUAAGCAUCAUCUUCUUCUCCGGGUUCCGGGACAUGUUUCCCAGGCUCAUGUGGACUAUCUUCUUCUGCCCACUUGGAAUGGGCGGGGCAAUGGGAAGCCUUGUGAAUGCCUUCAUCGUCGACAAGCAUUACGGAAACAAGGCGGUUCACUUUUGUGCCAUCAUGAGCUUGUUAGUUUUGGGUGCCUGCAAUGAUCUCUGUUACAAUCUGGAUCUUGUGUUUGGUUGGUUUGGCUCCCAUGAUCAUUUUUGGUGGUGGCAUGCGCGUUAUCCGUUGAUAUAUGGCGUGGGCUACAGUACGGGAAAGCUGUUGUUUACAGAUAAAGGGCAGGAACGACUUGCUGGUUGGGGUGUUUAA